CGUUCGUGUACGUACGUCAGUACGUGACCGACCGCGGAUGAGCCGGUGCUUCAAUUGAUGAUGUGCAUGGCAUACAUUCCUGGAAGUUUGGACUGGGCCUUCGCCCUACCAUACGUUUACGGAGCAGCCGGCAUUGGGUUGAGUCGGAGUGCACGUUGCGUGGACGUCAGCUUGAAGAGCGGCCACUCGUCGUCUCUUGCGGUCAGCAUUGGGCGCGUUCCGCGUUGCACGAAGCUGCGAUUUUCGCUUAAGCUGCCUACGACGUGAAGACUCGUCGUCGUGCCGUGGAUACCCCGCGUGGAGCAGUCUGCAGUCAUGGUGGAGAGGGAAAGGAGGACGGCCGGUGCGAACCUACAGAUCGCUGGCUGCCAGAUCCCUGGCUUCCAGAGCCCUUGCUGCCCAUGCGAUGAAGACGAGCUCCUGCACGCUGAUGAGGAGGAUGCCGGACCUGAUACUCGAGCCAACGCAAUCUUCAGCCGCCUGUUUUGCGUCGCGUUUGACAGGUGUGUUUUUCCGCCGGCAUGGAUCUAUGAAGACGAGCUAGACAGCAAGCCUGGAGCACCCCCGCCCCUUUCAGACCACAACCCGCCCGGUGAGAGUCACACUCGAAGCACUAGCGACGACAAGAACGGCGGAGAAGCAGCAGCGGAGGACACUAAACCGUUGUACGACGUCAUCCUCGAAGACGAUAACGAUGACAACACGAAGACGAUGGCGAUGAGGCCGGGCAACCCAUGGCGCCCCAUGGUGGCACCACCACCAUCACCUCUUGCUCAGUCUCCACGUCGGCAACGGUCCGACGACCACGCCGCUCGCGAUGCCAGUUCCGCGUUGAUGGGGGACCUGGACGAAUGGCCGCUCACGGUCCAGGCGCCGCCUAGCGACCCGCACCGUCGACGACCUGAGCCGCACGACAGGCUGUUGGCCGUCGCGAUGUAGAACGACGCACGUGUUUCUCCGGCCUGUUCCAGUAGGAGCGGCAGGGGCAGCAGAAGCAGCAGCAGCAACGGUAGAAGCGGUGAGGAUCCAAAUAUACUACGAGGGGCUCCUUGGCGGGGGGACGACUACCUGACAGGGGACAUGCCGGGUGGAGUCGGAGGCAUCGAUUGAACCCGCACCGAUUUCUCUCUGGUCUUGAUGGCCCAGCUCGCGGUUUGUGCGGUUUAGCACUGCCACGGGUGGGCAUGUGUGCUCUCUCCCUGCGUGUGGUUUCGGAUCGGGCGAUUUACUGACAGCCCCGGGGUUGCUUCGGAAAACUAUCGACAUGCAUUCGGCAAAAUAAGGUCCCGCUGGACACCGUCACGAAAGCGUGAGGGGAGGGGAAGUGGUAUGGGGAAAUUUUGUAUUGUAGCAACGACAAAUGCUCUCUCAGCAGACACGUAGGUAAGAGAGGCCUGUAAGUGCCCAAUGCCUUUGGUGUGGGGAAAGAUUUUUCGACAUGCUUUUCUAGGGGGGGGGGGGGUACUCCACUGGGGUCAGGAUAUGUGGCGUUUUUGUAGUCAAUGGAUAUCCAGAUUAAUAAGGUUGACCGUGACUUGUUCGUUCCUUAAUGGUGUGGUGCCGGUUGGCCAACCUGCACGGGACUGUAAGUACGGUACGCCGGAUGCUGAAACUAUGUGGCCUUCUACUUCGGAAUAAUCCGUCAAGCCAAGUUUUGGGAUGCAUGGGAGAGAAAUGGGGGGAUCACGGUGGUUCUUGAUCCGGGCGGGGGGGGGGGCGAGCGGAUCGAAAUAAAUGCCGAACGAGGGAAGUGUCAUGAUGGGCGAUCAAGCUCUGUCGGCGAUGGUUGUAGUAGACGAAGCGAAGACUCUCGUCUUGAGCUGUGCGCGUGCCGAAACCUUGCUCCAAGAGUCAUUUGGUUGUCGGGACAGACGUUAGACUGUUCGGGGAAUGCGAGGUAUUCCCAAGGACGAAAAGUCCGCAGCAAGUAACAAAUGGGGGAGAUAUGUUUUUUUUCCCAGACGAGUCUGACAUUUUCAAUCACAUGGGAUAUGACAAAUUUCGGUAGAUGGUGUCCAGCGCGCGCCAACCAAGGCUUCUGGGGACAGAAGCAGGCACACUUUUUAAUUUUAAAUGCACUUGUUUGCGAUGCUCGUCGCGAAUGCGGGGACGGGGGCGGGUUAGCAACGCGAAGUAAUAUGACAUCACGUGUGAAAUUAUUGGCGUGAUCUUGUGACAAUGCUGGUGGGAACGUUGAGAGAGAGAGAGAGAGAGAGAGAGAGGGACAGGUGCAUUUUCAGUGUAUUUUUUUCCCGGGCUGUCCUCGAGGUGGGGAUGUGAAUUUUGUACACUGUGCGUACUGUAAUUUGCAAUAUUCAUGUUGUAUUGUGCUACGUAUGUUCGAUAGAAACACGUAAGUACAUCAGGGUGACAGUGGAACUCGUUCGCGGGGAAUGGUUUACGUUGUUUUUUGGCAGGCGGUGCAUACAGGGCUUGCGGAAAAUUGUGACUUGCGCAACUUAAGGCGAAAAAAAUAAUGGCAAGGACAACAAUAAAUGCGUUCGCCACCAGACAUUCUCGCAGGGAUGUCGCUGAUUACCUGUUACGUAGGAAUUACAGAUAAGUUCAGGAGGAGGACCUGCUAAGGGAGUCCAUGCGUGUGCUGUCAAAAACAUUUCAUUCCGGAACCGGCGCGUACCUCUUGAGACGUAUCGGCGUUCGACCGAACAGCGGGGUGAACAUGUUGGGCAGACACGGCUCGUACUAGGGCAUGCCCCCUGAGGGGUUCCCGUCAUGGACACGCAGCCAAAAUCUCAUCAAGGAGUGUCCAUCAUGGGUAACU